AUGCCACUCCCCACAGACGUGUCAGCUCAGUAUCCGCGCCGUUCGCGGUGGACCCACGAACUUCCAGCGACCUCGGAACAUGCCAACCUCUCUGGUCGAGGGCAGGCCACCAAUGACUACCCUGUGACGCACGUUAGCGAUCCAUUAGAAGCGUGGCGGCCUCUGGCCACAAUCUGUGUCAGAUUCAUGCACGCCAAUCUUCGAUGCGUCGAUCCGGCGCUCGAGCACAGAUGCACCCUGCCGCCACUCCCGGACUUCAUCGCAUUUGCGCUGUAUCGCUCGCAUUCACUCGAGUGCGUCGUCUUCGCGACGCUCAUGCUCAUGCAUCGCAUCGAAGUCAGAAAUGCGGGUCGUCCACAUACGCAGCUCUUCGUGCCUCAGCAUCUCUUCCUAGCGGUGUUCAUGGUGGCAUGGCAAGUCAUCAAUGACAACUCGUAUAAGGCCAAGGAUUGGACGGUCGUAGGCCGGAACAUUCCUUUGAAGGACCUCACCAAGGCCGUACGGGACGUAUGCGUCGACCUGUUGGACUGGAAUCUGCAAGUCAAUCCCGACUUGCUGGCAAGUUUCACGACUCACGUCAAAGGGGACUAUAGUCAAGACGGCCCUUAUCAACAAUACGGCCCGGAGUUCGCGGACGGUCUGAUUCACUCGGAGCCAGACGAUGAAGACACCGCAGGAGAGUCCUCGGCACCAGCCGCGCGAGCAGCGGUAGUGUGUCGCUAUCGAGAAGCGCAACAGUCUCCGCAAGUUCAAGGGGCCUCGGCACCAUUGACGACACGCCCGCCGGACCGGGCAAGACACGCUUCUGUUACACAGAAUCAGCGCAGGAACUGCAGCGGCCAGUCAACAUACUGCGUAGCCACACCGUGUGCAUGGUAG